UUCAACGUAAACUCAGUCAGCUAUGUGCUUUAAUAUCAAAAUAAAUCUCUACCUUUUGAAAACAGCACUUAACAUUAAAGCUCGAAAAUAAAUUUAAAUUGAUUUUCCAAAGGCUUUGUAGAGUGAACGGCUUGGCAACUCACAAGACUAUGUUCAGGAUUAAUUUUGUGUAAAUUGGUCGAGAUUUAAAAUCCGACAUGCACUUUAAAUUGCCGUGAAACAGUUGUCUUAAUAAUUAUAAUACUACGUUAUUUCGUAGUCUAUUUUUAUUCAUUGGUAUCUUGGAUAAACAAAAAUGGUCAGAAGUUCUUCAAAAUUUGGAUUUUGUGAAAUAUUAAAACAGUGAUGGUGGAAAGAAAGUUUCCGUAAAAUGUUGCCGAACGGACAGGCCGCUUUCAUUGUGUGGAUAAUAUUUAAAACAAACAAUAUUAUUAUUACAGUGUAUUAGUUGCAAAGUUUAAGUUUCUACCCCGUGACUAAUUGUUAAAUUUGGGGUCUGUAAACAGGAUCUUAAAAGUACAAAGAUAUGGAUAUAUAAUUUAUUUCUGGAUCUUUUACGGAUUUGUGCUGAUAUUCAAAUAAACGCUUAUUCGAGAUGAUAUUGACCCCUUAUCUCGAAUCUAAAAGUUGUGAGUGCGUAUAAUUAGGGGCCUGUUUUAGAGAAAAAGAAACAACAUAAUCCAGCAGAGAAUCCAUCGAACAAGCGGUCGCAAGAUAUGACGGUGAAUCCACUGUCAGUAAAGCCUCCGGCUCAAGCUGGAAAACUGUCCUCUCCACGCUAUCCUUGGCACGAAACAAGGGCGGCUCCGGGUAAGAUGCCCAAUGCAUCCACCGCAUGUACUGGGUCCGUAUCUACUUCCGGUGUGACGUCACCAAUCGACAAGGAAACUCUCAGACGACAAAUAGUCGGUCUCGCGGUUAAAAACGACUUUAAACCAGACGACAAAAGGAGCCCGCGGGAAAUCUUUUUCCGCGAUAGCACUGACCAUAAUAUUACUUACCGUGAUAUCCCAAAGUGUGUGAAGAGUUCGAGCGUGACCUUUGACACUGCGUUGCAUUUAAGUAGCCAAAUCGAGCGGCCCCUACGUCGAACGCCAAGGAAGGUCAAGGCCGAUCCUUUAGAGUUAAAAGCCCACGAGGAAAGCACGAUGAUUCGUGCAAAUAAACAGGAAGUGCUACAGAACUCAAUUCGACGGACUAAAACCACCAUGGAUAAAAGCGUCGAUACAAAACCUCCUUUGGCAAAACCGAAACUUGUGAGAUUCCGAAUGGAUGAACACACGAUCGGAGACACUAAAAUUCCGCUUGUGAAUAUUCGCGCGGUCAGUCCCGGGCCUACGAACGGUUUCAAACACACCGUCAAAACUGACGUCAGUAGUUCCUAUGAGGUUAGGGGCAAUGCAAUAGCUCUCAAAAAGGAGGGAUUAAAAGGGCUCGUUGAAUACAGAGAUUUAUGCACUGAAAGUGAGAAACGCCAAAACUCGUUGCAGGCGUCUCUGAAAAUAUUCCGACGCAGAAUAAAACUAAAACAAGAUAAGUUUAUACAGCCGAAUGAGUCUACGGCAGACGAUUACGUCAUACAUACUGCGCGUCCGACUUUCGGUGACACAGUGUCACCUUUGACGCCUUUGCCCCCGGGGCCGGCGGUUGAUGAGCGCGGGGAGCCGCUGGCCGGCCGUCCGCUCUCCAGCGACGAGCACGUGCGGAUACUGAAGUCGGCGCUCCAUAACCGCCACCAUGGCGGCAACGAAAUCAUUAAAGCCAAGGAAACGGAUUUAUUUGACAAUAGUGAAAUGUACAAAAACAUAAAAUGCUCAUAUAGACUCCCAGAAAACCCGAACUGGAGUAAAGAAGUCUCAUUUAAGGACAUGAAGGACGAUUCAAUCCCUAAUGUUAAAACGUAUGUUUUACAGGAAGACAGGAUGAACCCGCAUACCAAGUUUAAGAAAAAUAAUAUCCAGAACGCGGUGACUCUAAAUAUUCAUAAUCUCAGUGUGCAUAAUUCAAUCACUCGUGUCAAUGGUCACAAGAUGAGGGUGGGGGAGGGGGAGGUGAACUUUGACCCCCGGUUUGUCGACUGGCUUGAAGACUCGCUCAGUAAUUCUCGGUCGUUAAGCAAGAGUGCGAGUUUAUUGACGGACGAUACGUUAGAGCCAUGCAUCACACCGUCCGUUAAAAGGCGAGUGGCCACUAAGACAUGACCUUAUUUAUAAGCGUCAUAGAAGUCAUUUUACUUCAUGAUAACUUUAAGAAUAUAUAUCUGAUCAUCAUUUUUUAAUCAUUAGCCCGAUUGUUCAGAACGUUGCUAAAGGUGUCAAUGUGAUUAACGUCAUUGUUUUUAACUUUUAACGUGACGGUGCUUAUGAUGUGCUCAUAAAUUCAGAUAAAACAUGUAAAGUCUAAGCAGUUAUCUCAAAUCAUGUUAUGCAUCAGUCAAUUGUAACCAGGCCCCCCCACCCCCCAGGUCCGGGGGUAUACCGGGGACAGCCGGGGAAAAGGGCCGUGUUUUUUCCCUUUCAGGUGGCCCCGCAGUGCCGGGUGAAUGCCGUAGUUUUGUCUUCGCGUAAAAUAUAGCGGGGAAUGGGCCUAACCUUGGGUCCCUGGGAUGCGGGGGCAUUUGGCGGGGAUUUUACCAUUAGUUCGUUCCCGCAGGGCGGGGAUUUUACCCGGGGUUGGCUGGACCGAAAGUCAAAGUCCCCGCUAUUCCCCGGACCUGGGGGGGGGGGCGUGGUUACAAUUGACUGGUGCAUUAGUGAAAGUGCAGAUAAUAAGUGUUCCCAUGAAACUUCCAGAGCAAUACAGAUUUGAAAGUUAACAAUGAUGUUAUUAACAGCGUUGUUAAUUUUAACAAUGAUCUGAACAAUCGGCUCUAUGACAUUAGCUUCAUUGUGAAUAAUGCGAUCUAGCUGGGUAUUGGUGUAUUUUACCCCUACAGGCGCAAAAUGUUACCCUAAGAAAUGAUGAUUUAUGAAAAAGACAGCGAACAGGAUUAACAGUGCUAUAUUGCUGAGAACAGAUAUUAAA